GAAUUAUUAUUUAGAAACAAGGGGAGAAUUAAAAUGCUAUCAAAGUGGAUUCAGAAAAGGAAGGAGCACGGUAGAUCCUGCUUUAUGCUUAGAGCAUGAGAUAAGGAGAGCCCAUGUAAAUAAAGAAAGUAUAGUGGCUGUGUUUUUCGAUGUGGAAAAAGCGUACGAUAUGAUGUGGAAGGAGGGGGUGCUUAUUAAAUUAUAUCAUAUGGGAAUAAGAGGGAAAAUAUUUAGAUGGAUCAAGAAUUUUCUAACUAACAGGAAGAUAUCAGUAAGGGGGGCGAAAUAUUGCAUUUAUUGUCGGGAAAUUGCAGGAGGCUAUUGGAAAGGUAGAAGCUUGGGCAUUGAAGUGGGGCUUUAGAUUUUCAGUUAACAAAACAAAAGUGGUUGUCUUCACCAAAAAGAGAAUACAAAACCAAAUCAAUCUUAAGUUAUAUGAGCAAGAUUUAGAAAUAGUGGAUUGUUUUAAGUAUUUAGGGAUGUGGUUUGACAAAAGGAUUACUUGGAAAACACAUAUUGAAAAAGUAGUAGGAAAGUGUAAAAAGAUACUGAAUAUUAUUAGGUGUUUGAAAGGAAGAGAUUGGGGAGCACAUAGAGCAUCAUUGAAAACGGUAUAUAUUGGUUUAAUCAGGUCAGUAUUAGAUUAUGGAUGUAUAGUAUAUGAAUCUGCAUCAAAAACAAUGUUAAAAAAACUGGAUAGCAUACAGUAUCAAGCACUAAGAGUGUGUUGUGGUGCAAAGAAAACCACUCCAGUGUCAGCCUUGCAAGUAGAGAUGGGUGAAAUGCCUCUAGAAAUUAGAAGAGAGCAAAUAUCAUUGAUAUAUUGGGCACAUUUAAGGGGACAUGGAGAAAACCAUCCAGCUCAGAAUAUUUUAAAACCAUGUCAAGAGAAAGAAAGAAGAAAGGUACAAAGUUUUGGAUGGACAAUUGAAAACCGGGUUAAAGAAAGUAGGAUAGCUGAUAAAAAUAUGAGUAAAACAGUUCCACUUUCUAUUGUCCCACCUUGGACACUGGAAGAGGCAAUUAUCGAUUUGAGAUUACUAAAGAAAGAAAAAGGGAAAAGUGUGAGUGUGAGUGAAGUGAACAAAUAUAUAAAUAGAAAAUACAGUCAGUUUAUUAAAGUAUAUACAGAUGCAUCCAAAUCAGGACAAAACAGAGUAGGAAUAGCAUUUGUAGUUCCAGAUUUAAAUAUUGUAUUGAAUAAAAGAGUCAAUGAUGAUUUAGCAAUAUACACAGGAGAGCUACUGGCCAUUCAUAUGGCAUUGAACUGGGUACAUGAAGUCAGACCAGGUAAAGUGCUUAUAGCAUCAGAUUCCAGUAGUGCAUUGGUCAGUAUAAAACAUGUUCAGUCAGAUAUAAGACAAGAUAUAAUAUUCGAGAUAGCACAUAUAUUACAGGGAAUAAAGAGAGCAGGAGUAGAGAUCAAGUUCAUUUGGGUUCCAGCACAUAUAGGAUUUGAGGGGAAUGAACUGGCCGAUAAGUAUGCCAAGAGUGCAACAAGAAAAGAACAAAUAUCAAUGGUUGUAACAUACAGUAAAGCCGAGAUUAAAAGUAUAGUAAAAUCAGAGAUGAAGAAGAAAUGGCAGAAGCAAUGGGACAGAGAGAGCAGAGGUCGACAUUUUUACAAUAUACAAAGGAAUGUUGGAGAAAUGAGAGAAUGUCAUAGGAGCAGCAAAGAAGAAGACAUCAUAUCACGCAUGAGAUUUGGUCAUACGGGGUUAAAUAGCACAUUAUUCAUAAUACAGAAACAUGAAACAGGAAAUUGUGAACAUUGUGAGUCAGGAGAAACUGUAGAACAUAUCCUCUUCCAGUGUCCAAAGUACCAAACACAGAGAAACACACUCAAAGCAGCAUUUAAGAGAAAUAAGAUACCGUUUAAUGUAGCAGAUAUAUUGAGGAGAAACUCAGGGGAUGUUGUAUUUGGAGAGAUUUUUAGGUUUUUGGAAGCAACAGGGCUUGUAAAAAAAAUUUAAUACAUAGUAUAUUCUGUUCCACACUCCAGUCCAGAAGGUGGCGGUAAUGCACCUGAAAAGUUGUUUGCCAACCGCUAUAAAAAGAAAGAAGAAGA